CGGGAUUUUACACCAUGUAGCACAAUCUGAUUAUUCUUGAUUGUUUACCCUCGAAAGGCCACCGUCCGCCUGGAUUUAAAGGACAAAAAUCAAUCCCCUCCUCCCUCCCCACGUCCCUCCCAUUGUUCCCAUUUAUACAAAAGAGUCCUCAGUGGAUUGGCUGUCUGGAAACCUGUUGUCUAAUAAUACAAGCAGAAGGACAACUUGUCUUUCAGAGCAUCAAUCCUUCUCGCCAUGUCCAACCAGCCUGUCCAAAACCCCCAUGAAGAGGCAUACGGGUCCCUGAUGAGAGGUUUGAAGGAGCUGGACCUCCGUGGCCCCAGUGUUCCCAGUGACCUGGUGCUAACUGGAGACCAUGCCUUUCCAUUGGUAAUGAACAGUAAAGGCCAGGCCCAGAUGGCGGCCUCCCUGUAUGGCAGUGGGAGGAUUGUGGUCCUGGGUCAUGAGGGCUACCUGACCGCCUUUCCUGCUCUGGUAGAGAACGCUCUGAUCUGGCUGAGAGGAGAUGGAUCUGAAAACCUGUCUGUGGGGGUCCAACUAAACAGCAAGGCAGUUGCUGAUAACCUCAGCAAAUCCAGCUUCCAAGCCAAAGUUGUGGGGGCCUUCAGUGACAAACUGGGGGUUGGUGUGUAUGUGACGGACGCCUACAGUGUGGGUGCAGACGUGAAGGAGCUGGUGGCGUUUCUGAAAGCUGGAGGAGGAGUGCUGAUAGCGGGACAGGCCUGGAGCUGGGCUGCAGAUCACCCUAAAGAGAAUGUUCUGCUUCAGUUUGGAGGGAAUAAGGUUUCUGGUGUUGCAGGGAUCUACUUUUCGGAGCAUCGGGGUGAGGUAGAGUGCCUGCCUGUCUACCCUCAGAUCCCAUCUUCCUGGAUGGCUGUAGUACUCGGUAAGGAUUUUGAGGAUGACUUGGAGUUCUUACUCCAGGGCAUUUCAGAGUUUGACAUCCAGGGUAAAGGGAUUGCCUCUGAGGUCCUGGUCCACGGCUCGUUAGCCUUUCCUAUUGGUACAACCGAGGAUGGACGGGUGUUCCUGGCAGGAGCAUAUUAUGGGCAGGGACGGGUCAUUGUGACCACACAUGAAGGAUAUAUGGGACGAGAGUCACUGGCUUCAUUUUGGAAAAAUGCCGUUCACUGGCUGGAUGAGGGACGGCAGGGGGUCGUCGGUACAUCAGCGAAAAAUGCCCACAAAAUUCUCAGCCAGUCAGAGUUAAAGUGUGAGAUGACAAACUUCAGGAAAGACCUGAGUGUAUUUGUGUGCACAGCGUACAGCAAUGAACAUGCAGAGGAAAUCCAAAACUUUGUGGCAGAGGGAGGAGGCCUGCUGAUCGGUGGACAUGCCUGGUACUGGGCGCAGAGACACCGCGGGCAAAACGAAAUAACAGAAUUCCCAGGAAACAAGAUCCUGAACACAAUGGGCUUGAGCAUUUUGAGGACAACGAUCAAAGGAGGCAGCUACAAGGCCCCUGAUCCCCGCCAGGCUGUCAAAGACACCUACCACUUCCGCCACCUUCUCCACCGUUUUGCCAGUCACGUGACGCAGGGGGAGAAACUCAGCAAGCAUGAGGAGAGUCACCUUAAAAAGCUGGGCUUCGACUGCGCCACUUACUUGAACAUGAAAGCUUAUGACUGCUCCUCAUACACACAAGUCCUGUCCACCCUCACUGACAUGGUGAAGAAGUCAGGCAUGCCUCAGGUGUGUGAUAAAUGUCCUGUGAGAUGUCCCAAAGACCACCUGCUCCUCACUUUGGGGCCACAGAUUUAUAAGGUUUGCAAAGAUCCUGAUGCCCUCCUGCCCCACCUCAUCAAGAAUAACCCCUUGAUGCCAGUUGUCUACAACCAUGUCAUCAAGAUUAAUGCAAACACUGCAGGACGAGAUGAGUGGUUCAGUACAGGUUUGUACCUGUCCCCUGGGAUGAAGACCUACAUUUCACUGCCAGUGGAGAUUGUCAACAAGGGCUGGAAGAUCCAGAUAGGCUGUCAAACAGACUAUCUCAAAUCUGCAGUGUUGAAGAGAGCAGCGUACGUCAUUGAGCAUUUUCCUGUAACCUCGGAGAUGAUGCAGGUGUGGAACCUGUGGGGGGGACUCAUCUACCUGGUGGCUCCACCCAAAACACAACAGGAAGGGGUAGAGGUCACAGUGCAGAUAGCUGUACCUGCGCCGUAUUAUAAAUCAGGAGUGACCACACCAGCUGAGUGGUCCUUGCUGCGCACCGCUCCUUCGCCCUGGGCGGAGUUGGAGUUUGAAAACAUCAUCCUCACUGUACCAUCAGACGUUGUUCGUAACCUGGAGCGCCCUGAUGAAGUGGCAGCACUUUGGGAUGAGAUCAUGAGGGGCAUGGCUGACCUGGCCGUCGUUCCACACAAAUUUCCUCGCAAAGAACGUUUUGUCGCAGAUGUGCAGAUUUCCCAUGGAUUCAUGCAUGCAGGUUAUCCCAUUAUGGCACACAAAGGCACAGCAACUGUGCUGGUCAACCCUGAGUAUAUUAAGAGUAAAGGCAUGUGGGGGCCGAUCCAUGAACUGGGACACAACCAACAGAGAGCCUGCUGGGAGUUCCGGCCGCACACCACUGAGUGCACGUGCAACCUGUGGUCUGUGUAUGUGCAUGAGGAGGUGCUGGGAAUCAACAGGACAAAGGCUCAUGGAGCUAUGACUGUAGCAAAUCGAAGCAAUCGAGCAGAGCAGUAUGCUAAGGGGGGCAGGAACCUCAGCACCUGGAGCAUGUGGGUGGCCCUGGAGACAUACAUGCAGCUCCAGGACAAGUUUGGCUGGGAUGCCUUUAAAAAGGUGUUUGCUGCCUACCACAAGAUGACCAAAUUUCCUGGUGACAACAAAGGAAAGAUGAACCUGUAUGCUGAGACUUUCUCCCAGGCUGUGGAGAUGAACCUGUGUGGAUUCUUUAAGUCCUGGGGCUGGCCCAUUGAAACAGCCACUGAGGAGAAACUCUCUAACCUGCCUCCCUGGACAGACCACCCCAUGGUCCAGUAUGACUGAACUUCUGGUGAUUCAAAGUGCAGAGCAAUGGCCUAAAUGAGUACCAAAUCCUUGACAUUGAGUAUUUAGUGGGUGUAUCAAUUAACUGACUUUUUUACUGUGUUGUUGUAUUUUUACUAUAUGUAUUUCUAUAUGUAAAAAAGAAACAGGAGUUACACAUUUGAGCAGAUAUAUACAGCUUGAAAAUGCUCUAGCUCCAUAGAAAAAGUUGUAUUUGUUAAAUGCUGUAAAACCAAAAUACCAAAAACCAGUAGGUCAUUAAAUCAACACAGUUGCUACUAAGUGGAAUAUACUUUUAUGUAUUUUAUAGAUGACUUAGAAAAACGGUGAAGCAUCAAUACAUUUGCUGCAGUCAAAUCUCACAUGCGUCCACUUCAUAUCUACUUCAUUCCUCCCGUCUAACUCCUAAGUAUUGCACUGUAAGCACUGUAACCUGUAAUGUCGACAUUAGUUAUUUAAUUUCACAAUACCAGUUAAAGUCAUUUAUAGACAAAAAAUAAUUCUGUUUCAUGAACAUGAUGACACUAAUUCUGUCGAUGCAUUAAUAAGUAAGCUGUAUCCUUCCCUGUUACAUCAUUUGCUCUGAUACUGCCUUAUAAUAUUAUAUAAUAAGUCAGUCAAGCUAUAAGAUAAACACAUUAUUUCACUACAAUAAUAUCUGCCUUUACUGUCACUGGAAAAGACACUAAUAAACAAAUACUGUGA